AUGACGCUUGAAGAACUGAAUCACCUGGAGGAAGACAUCAGACAGAGGGUGCUACAAAACCGCGACGACCAGGACUUCGUGCCUUACUGUUGGCUGGUCGACCUUCUGGAGGAAGAGCGAAUCCGGAAAGUUUUGGACGAAACCAAAAUCGAAGUAUGGCGCAGGCCGGUGUUUGCAGCCGCUAUUCGGGCCGACGCUAUGAGGAUCUUCGGAACUUUAGUUUUGAUGAAGAUACCACAUCUGAUGUCCGACUUCAUCACGUGUGAGGUCACGGAUGGAUACCUUCCGAUGAACAUAGAAGGCGUCCAAGAGAUCCUCGGAAAGCCAAGGUUCGAGGGAAGGUUAAGAGAGAUUAGAGAGGAGCAGCAAUCGGAGCGUAGAAAGAAGGACGGCAGCUAUGAUGAGGAGAUAAAGGACUUGGAAGCACGCAUCGCACCGAUCGACGGUUGGGCAACGACAUUUGUGCAGAAGCAAUUCAUCUUUCUCAGUCCAGACUUCUCGCGAUCGCGAGCACACAGGACGAUAUUCGACAAGAGGCCGCUUCCGUUCUUACGUCCGCGGCCGAGCGAUACCGAUCGUCGUGAGGGCCAUUUCGGGGAAGUAUCCGAAGAAAAGCUACCACCGCCAAUAUUUGGGGAUGACGGCCAAAAGAGUUUGAGCGUGAUCAGGAAGCAGUUGAAGUCGAGGGUUAUAAACAAAUACCUGGACGAAGAAAGAUGUCUGAGGCUCUUGAAUGUGCUAUCCCAUCCAAACAUUCUAGAGCUCUUUGGUUCAUACACCUACAGCGGCGCUCACAACUUCCUCUUUCCUAUGGCAAACCUUGGCGACCUUCACGACCUCCUCGAGCAUGCUCCGCCACCAGCAUUUCUGACCGACUCUAGUCGUGGAACAGCAAGUUCCGCUUCACAGAUUAAGGAGGAGGCUUUCUACGAAGCCGCAUGCGGACUUGCUUCGGCCCUUGAAAAGCUUCACUACUAUAGUAACGAGGAUCUGAAGCUUGACUUGAUCGGCUGUCACCAUGACUUGAAGCCGAGGAACAUCUUGGUUCACGAUUCCAAAUUCAUCCUGGCAGAUUUCGGCCUUUCCACCAUGAAGGACUCUAUCGCUGAUCCCGAGACAUUGGCCCGCGACAGAGACCAUUACUUCAAUCCACCAGAGGCACAGGAUUAUUUUACUUUUGAGAAGUACCCGGUUGGGCCUCCGAGCGACGUCUGGUCCUUUGGCUGCAUCCUUGCGGUCCUUCUAGCGUACAUGAAGGACGGUGGCCCCAAAGGCGUCGAAGCCUUCAAGGAGCAGCGCACACACACGUUCCGUGCAUAUCGAAAUCGUCCAUUAACGCUCAAAAGCUUCCACGCAGGACGUGGACAGAUCAACCCCGGCGUAGAGAAGUGGCUCGCCGACAAGCUAGCUAAGGCCAAGGCCGACGGAAAGCAAGCUGAAAUUGCCCUGGUUGAGCUAAUCCACGACAUGCUGACCAUUGACCCGAAGGAUCGACCUGAAAUUCGGCAAGUACUCCGGCGGCUGCGAUGCAUCGCUCUCUAUAAGAUCGCGGAACCAAUUCAAGAAGCAUAUAAAACAUCGGCCCACGGGCAUGCUCUUGAGUUCUUAGUAGAGAAACAUAUAUUCUCACAGUGGCUGGAUCGUAUUGGCCCCAUAGCGAAGGACGAUUCGCGAGUCCUAGGAACUGAGGAGUCUUUUAUCGAGCUUCGACGAGCCCUAAGCGAUAUCUAUGACGAACUCAGACUGCUCUCAGACAUCACUACAAAUGACCGACCACUUUUCACGCGGCUGCGGCAUUCAAACGAGCUCCUGCUUUCAUCGUUAGCCUGGGAGACUCGGAUGAGUGUCCACAGAUGUGUUGAGCUCGAACUCUUAUCCCAAGAGUCGAGUGCUAAGGAUGAAGGAGAGCUCGGACAGUCACAUGUGGUCCAUGAUCUGGCACUCCAUGCUAGUGAACCACAGGUAUCUGAUGUGCCCUCUACAGCGAGUCUGAGCUAUGCCACCCGCGUUGCGAUUGCCAACAUGGCGAAACUUAUGAAUGAGUCCAACAAUAGCUCUAUCCCGAAGCUAUCGCAAGAAGCUGUGAAGCUGCUGCCGCUGCCUCAGAAGAGAAAGGGCAGCGUCCCAACAUUCCGGCUGGCCAAAUUGCGCGAAGCCAAGCAUGAAAUCGGGAUUGAACGGGAUGUUCUCGUCGAAGAGAUGCAGUACAACCGAAACGUCGCCGACGAAACGGUGGCGCGCACACUGUUCGACCGUAUGGUGAAUGUGCUGGGUAGGCAGAACCAGCCAAUGGCGAACUUUCGCGCGCUCCGGUGCAGCGGAUUUUAUCACGAGGAGGCCAGAAGAUACUUUGGCCUCGUCUACGAUUACCCGAUUCCGGAAGGGUCAAAUACCUCAACAGAUUCAUCGCAGAAGAAGACUGUGCAGCUUGCUGAGCUGAUGGACAAGCACGACAGAGUCCUAGACAGCCAAGAGGACCUCAUCAUCCCCCUUGGGGAUCGAUAUCGCCUCGCUUACGAACUCGUCGCCGCCGUCUAUGCCUUCCAUCAGGCCGGAUGGAUACACAAGAACAUCUCGUCAUACAACAUCCUGUUCUUCCAAGAUGAUCACAGUAAGGAGGGGAACGUUGACCCGAACACGGAAGGAUACACAAGGUUCAAGCAGUUGUUACUAGCAUCUCCCUACCUAAUUGGCUUUUCACACGCACGGCCGAACGAGGAAAACCAGUAUUCGAACCGGACCAGUGCCGGCGUUGGGAACGGCGACGAGGCGAUGCGGACGCUACGCGCCUAUCAACACCCGAGCUAUCUGGGCGAUAAUGACAGCCAUCGCGCUCCUUACCGCACUGCAUUCGACUACUACAGCUUGGGUCUUGUGUUACUAGAAAUCGGCUACUGGAAACCACUGCGCAAGCUGCUGCGCCAACAACCUAAAGAGGGGCCGGAACUCACCCGGCUCGAGAAGGCUGAGCACCUCCGCCGUCGCCGUGUUCCCGGCCUCGCUGCUUACAUGGGGGAUGCGUAUGCAGCGGCCGUCGCUGUCUGCAUUGAUGAUACACUCUUGCUGAGCAGUGGUGAGUUUGACGGAUCUCGUCCCGGAGGAGACUCGGACGCAGAGAGGCUCGCUGUGGAUAGGAAUUUUGAGAAUCUGGUAUUGACACCGCUGGAGACCUUGUCGCGAGCUAUGUGGAGCGGCCCGCCGCCUCAGAAAGACUGA